AAUGUUCCAGAGUAUUGAGAUCCUCAGAGGGAAAGCAUUACAGAAAUGCAGGGUAUUAUAUUAUCAGUAACACAUACUAUACAUAGAACAACGUUUGUCUGCCUUAAUACUGCGAUCAGUGGAGUUUUGUCUUCUGGCUCCUGUUUAAAAGACACACACACACAACUUGCAAAUCCAAUGAGUUAACACUCUGCCGACUUCCUCUAGACACUGACCUCGGGGGUCAAACUCUUAGGGAAAUUGUGCUGGUUUUCCAUUCUCCUGAAGCCAGUCCCUACCAACAAGCAAGUCCUAUCUCUGAGUGGAAGCUCACAAAGAAUUUCUCGAGAGAAUAUGUAGCUGUGUUGGCAACAAAAUUCUCUCCGCAAAAUGGGAAGAAAGAGUUGUUAACUGAUGAGUCAGUCCAGCUUUUAUAGCAGAUUAUCUAUCUUCGUGGUAUUUCCAAGAGCAUAAAUGCUAUUAAAAAAAGAGACGGUCAUGACAGGAAGAACACAGUAGAAAAAAACAAGAACAUUUGAGCCAAAAGCAAUUUACUUUGCCAGUAACUGGUUACAUUUCCCUUUGUUUUAUUAUUAUUAUUGCAAGAGUUGGGGUUGACAUAAAAGUUUCCCACACCUGCACUGCCCUGCCAUGUAACUUGUGUGAACCCGUAGUGAAAUAAAUAUAUAAACAAACGGCUGCACCUCUGAGCUUCUAGACCCUUUCAGAAAAACAAACUUGUUUUGCUAUCCUGUUGAGAAAAUAGACUAUAAUUCAUUAAUAUUUGAAGGCGUUUAAAAAGAAAAAACAAACAUGGGUUCACUGUAGCCUGGAGCUCUGGAGGUAGCUUGAUUCUCUGAGGAUUAACACCUAUAGAAAUAGCAGUGACUUCACAAAGGUGAAUAGUUGUUAAUUUCUUGGCACUGAGUUAGAAAGAGGAAGAGAUGGGCAGUCAGAGGGAAAAGAUUUUUUUUUUUUAAAAAAAAAACACAGAGAUCUUUCAAUGAUUCGAGAGAAGAGUCAGUGGCCCACUGGUGAAUGGGGUAAUAUGCAGGGCUCUCUGACUAAGUUUUAUUGGCUUUAGUGGAAGUCUUACCAGCUACGGUUAGGUUAAGACUAAUGGGGACCCCACUCGCUGUCAAUUCAGUUGGACGUUUUUUUCCUGUCUGGGGUGGGCCGCAGCACCCUCGUGCUGUGUAGAACUUCAGUGUUUUCAUUUGGGGAGUGCUCCCUGGUGACUACCAGCCCAAGUUACUAUGAAUACUUCAUUCGGAGGCGGUGUGUGUGUGUCUGUGUGUCUAUUAGAGAUAAGUUGCUUAAAGCAGGGGCUCUGGAUAAAGUCCAGUUGCCCGUGUUGAAAUCCUUCUGCCACCAGUAACUACUUGUAUGGUCUGAGGCAAGUUAUUUCAUCUCUGUCUCAGUUUUCUGGUCUGUAUGAUGGGGAAAAAGGACCAUGCCUUCCUCUUUGGCUCCUUGGGAGUUUUAAUGGAGUUAUUGUAUGCAAAGCACUUAGAAGAGUGACUUGUAAAGAGAAAGUGCUCAGAAACGGUUAGCUACUAUUACUAUUCACUUAGCUACUCUUAUUAUUCAUGCACAAUGCUGGAAACAUUCACGCAAAGGGCAUUUACUGAACUCUCCGAUAAACCAGACCAGUGAAUUAUAUACACCCCUAAAAGUAACAGUAUAUCUAUUGCUUCGCAUUAAUUUUUUUAAAUAAAACUGGCUGGAGCCAGAUGUGCUAUCAGUAAGGGUACUACUUUCUCUCUAGCAGAGCUUUUUCUUGGUAAAGAUCAGUCUCACCUAAAGAACAAGAGCCGGUCUAAUUCUGGAGUCUCAAGACUUAGGUUCUGCGAGUCAGUUACAUAGCACUGAGCUUUCAAGGAGAGGUAUAGGUCCUUGCAGGGUGGCUAGAAGGAGCUAGGGCUGUUUCUUACAUGAGUCAAUUAAGGUCCACAGACCCACCCCACUCCUGUCCACCAGCACACCAUAAUGCACCUGUUUUCACUCAUUGACCUAGCAAAUGACAGAGUUUCAUGACCCUAAAGGGAAAAAGAUGUGGCCUGGGGACCAGAAUUUUUGCUGUCCCCAAAGCCAGCCCUUCAAUACCAAAACUUUACCUGGUGUCUUCUGAAUCCAAAAGGUCUGGAAUUGGAUUGCAGGGGCCCUACCCAGUCCUUUGUGUUCCAUUCCCCCCAGGACUUUGAAUGCUUGUGUUCUUCAGGGUGUUUGUGCAUUGCAUGUGGGGACUAGAUGAUAGCCCUACUGAGAUUCCAAAGGCCCUGGUCUCCUGUCUCCAUUCCCAGUGCGAACUCAAGUCGCCAGUUUAUGUUUUCAGAGUAUCAGCAUUAAGUAGUAAAGCGGAAUGCGGUUUUACAUGUGCCCAAAGUGACACGUAUACCACAUGGGAGGCUGGCAGGACCAGUCUAUGAAGACGGGAUAGAACAAUAUGUGGGCAUCUUUCUUUCUAUUAGUCACUUUUUCAUUCAACAAGUGCAUGUUAUGUAAUGCUGCCUUUGGGUGUUGUGCUGGGCAGGUAAAACACACAUCCCACAGGCUCUUGCCCUUAAGGAUUCUCCAGUCUAGUAUAAUAAUAUACCAAAAAGUACAACUAAACUACGAGGAAUACAGUGAAAUGUUCCAUAAGAGAAGGAGAGAAAAAACGUUCAGAGGGGAGCGGAGGAGAGGAAUUUGAGUCUGAGCCCUGAGUGACUGCUGGGAUUUGCCUAACCAUACCUGAAAUACCCAUGUACUUGCCUUAUUAAGAACAAAGGGCUUUUUCUCUUGAUCAAAUCCCAUUUGGAGUUUAAGUUUGUGUGACCAGAAUAUUAGGUGCUAGUCUGUUCUAAAUUUGUAAUUCUCAGAAUCUGCUGGGGGAGUACAUGUGCUGCUCUGGCUUCUGAAAACAGCUCAAAGAAUAGAGAAAAUAAACCCAGUUUGGGGAUGACUUCUUGUCAGUUCCCGGAACCUCUGCCUUUAUUUAAAAACAGCAUGUUCAAUGCAAGUUCUAUCAAAAAGGCCUUUGGGAUUUGAAAGCUUUUCUGGAAAUAAAUGCCUUGUAGAUUUAAGUGCUUUUCGCCAAAAUGCUAGGAAGGGAAGAUCAUAGUAACAAGUCGCAGCACAGAGGUGAUACUGUUUUGUUUUAAUGAAAUGCCUCCAAACUGCUACCCUAAGUUCUGUCAGUUUUCUGCUCAGCGAUUAUUUUGAUUAGGGACUUGAAAGUACAUCCUUCCCUCACGGUCAUUAAAGUCUUAGCACUUGGGUCAGUUGUGGAAACACUUCUGUGCUAGACAAAGUCUUCUAAACAAAACAAACAGUCCACGCCCUGGCUCCAGGCUGCGGACCGUGUCAAAUUCAUGGAACGUGGCUUCGUGCUCUGACGAGGAGAGCAAGAGGUCAGGAUCCACAAAACAGGCCGGCUGCAAUCACCAGCCCUGCGCGGGGAGGCGGACAGAGCAGAGCCCUCCCUGCCAGUCUGGCAACUCCAGCAAAGUCCUCAGGCUCAUCCCACACACUCGGUGCUAGUCACUGCUGUGUGUUUACAUGAGUAAUGGAGCUGCUGGGGGAGGGGAGUUGUAAGCAGAGCGCUGAGCCUCGCAGCUCGCAUUCGGAGGGAAGCUGACAUCCACACCAAGUCGAGACUUCUUCCAGGGAUGUGGCCGGAGAGCAGUCACAUGCUGUAGCUUUCAUGAGCACAGACAUCAGUCAGGCAGAUGUUUGUCGAUUGGAAUGGCGCCAAAUCUUAAAGGCAGACCACGCAAAAAGAAACCAUGCCCACAAAGAAGAGAUUCAUUCAGUGGUGUUAAGGAUUCCAACAAUAAUUCUGAUGGCAAAGCCGUUGCCAAGGUGAAAUGUGAGGCUAGGUCAGCCUUGACCAAGCCGAAGAAUAACCAUAGUAACUGUAAAAAAGUCUCAAAUGAAGAAAAACCAAAGGUUGCCAUUGGUGAAGAGUGCAGGGCAGAUGAACAAGCUUUCUUGGUGGCACUUUAUAAAUACAUGAAAGAAAGGAAAACGCCGAUAGAACGAAUACCCUAUUUAGGUUUUAAACAGAUUAACCUUUGGACUAUGUUUCAAGCUGCUCAAAAACUGGGAGGAUAUGAAACAAUAACAGCCCGCCGUCAAUGGAAACACAUUUAUGAUGAAUUAGGCGGUAAUCCUGGGAGCACCAGCGCUGCCACUUGUACCCGCAGACAUUAUGAAAGAUUAAUCCUACCAUACGAAAGGUUUAUUAAAGGAGAAGAAGAUAAGCCCCUGCCUCCAAUCAAACCUCGGAAACAGGAGAACAGUUCACAGGAAAAUGAGAAUAAAACAAAAGUAUCUGGAACCAAACGCAUCAAACAUGAAAUACUUAAAAGCAAGAAAGAAAAAGAAAAUGCCCCAAAGCCCCAGGACGCAGUAGAGGUUUCAUCAGAGCAAGAAAAAGAACAAGAGACUUUAAGCCAGAAAAGCAUCCCUGAGCCUCUGCCAGCAGCAGACAUGAAGAAAAAAAUAGAAGGGUAUCAGGAAUUUUCAGCGAAGCCCUUGGCAUCCAGAGUAGACCCAGAGAAGGACAAUGAAACAGACCAAGGUUCCAACAGUGAGAAGGUGGCAGAGGAGGCCAGAGAGAAGGGGCCCACACCUCCACUCCCAAGUGCUCCUCUGGCCCCAGAAAAAGAUCCAACCUUGGUCCCUGGGGCCAGCAAACAGCCACUCACCUCUCCCAGUGCCCUGGUGGACUCAAAACAAGAAUCUAAACCCUGCUGUUUUACAGAGAGCUCUGAAAAUGAGCUCCAAGAAGCAUCCUUCCCCAGCUUCCCCACCACACAGCCACCGCUGGGAAACCAGAAUGAGAUGGAGGAUGACAAACUGCCCGCCAUGGCGGAUUACAUCGCCAACUGCACUGUGAAGGUGGACCAGUUGGGCAGUGAGGACAUCCACAAUGCGCUCAAGCAGACCCCAAAGGUCCUUGUGGUCCAGUCGUUUGACAUGUUCAAAGACAAAGACCUGACGGGGCCCAUGAACGAGAACCAUGGACUGAAUUACACACCCCUGCUCUACUCCAGGGGCAACCCAGGCAUCAUGUCCCCACUGGCCAAGAAAAAGCUUUUGUCCCAAGUAAGUGGGGCCAGCCUCUCCAACAGCUACCCCUAUGGCUCCCCACCCCCAUUGAUCAGCAAAAAGAAACUGAUGGCUAGGGAUGACUUGUGUUCCAGUUUGUCCCAGGCCCACCAUGGCCAAAGCGCUGACCAUAUGGCGGUCAGCCGGCCAUCGGUGAUUCAGCAUGUCCAGAGUUUCAAAAGCAAGCCCUCAGAGGAAAGAAAGACCAUCAAUGACAUCUUUAAGCACGAGAAACUGAGUCGAUCAGAUCCCCACCGCUGCAGCUUCUCCAAGCACCACCUUAACCCCCUUGCUGACUCCUAUGUCCUGAAGCAAGAAAUUCAGGAGGGCAAGGAUAAACUCUUAGAGAAAAGGGCCCUCCCCCAUUCCCACAUGCCUAGCUUCCUGGCAGACUUCUACUCAUCCCCUCAUCUCCAUAGCCUCUACAGACAUACUGAGCACCAUCUUCAUAAUGAACAGACAUCCAAAUACCCGUCCAGGGACAUGUACAGGGAAUCGGAAAACAGUUCUUUUCCUUCCCACAGACACCAAGAAAAGCUCCAUGUAAAUUAUCUUACAUCCCUGCACCUGCAAGACAAAAAGUCAGCGGUAGCAGAAUCUGCUACAGAUGAUCAGCCAACAGAUCUGAGCCUUCCCAAGAACCCGCACAAACCUACCGGCAAGGUCCUGGGCCUGGCUCACUCAGCCACAGGGCCCCAGGAGAGCAAAGGCGUUUCCCAGUUCCAGGUCUUAGGUAGCCAGAGUCGAGACUGUCACCCCAAAGCCUGUCGGGUAUCACCCAUGACCAUGUCGGGCCCUAAAAAAUACCCCGAAUCAAUUUCAAGAUCAGGAAAAACUCACCAUGUGAGACUAGAGAAUUUCAGGAAGAUGGAAGGCAUGGUCCACCCAAUCCUGCACCGGAAAAUGAGUCCACAGAACAUUGGGGCGGCGCGACCAAUCAAGCGCAGCCUGGAGGAUUUGGACCUUGUGAUUGCAGGGAAAAAGGCCCGGGCAGUGUCUCCCUUAGACCCAUCCAAGGAGGUCUCUGGGAAGGAGAAGGCCUCUGAGCAGGAGAGUGAAGGCAGCAAGGCAGCACACAGUGGGCAUUCCGGGAGCGGAUCAGAAGGCCACAAGCUUCCCCUCUCUUCCCCUAUCUUCCCAGGUCUGUAUUCCGGGAGCCUGUGUAACUCGGGCCUCAACUCCAGGCUCCCAGCUGGGUAUUCUCAUUCUCUGCAGUACUUGAAAAACCAGACUGUGCUUUCUCCGCUCAUGCAGCCCCUGGCUUUCCACUCGCUUGUGAUGCAAAGAGGAAUUUUUACAUCGCCGACAAAUUCUCAGCAGCUGUACAGACACUUGGCUGCGGCUACACCUGUAGGAAGUUCGUAUGGGGACCUUUUGCAUAACAGCAUUUACCCUUUAGCUGCUAUAAAUCCUCAAGCUGCCUUUCCAUCUUCCCAGCUGUCAUCCUUGCACCCCAGUACAAAACUGUAGGCUCAGUUUCGCCCAGCAGUCCAAAGCGGCAUGGCUAACAGAGCUUCACUCCUUACCCAGGCGGGCUGGCUUAUAGAGUUAGAAGUCAGUAUUUCUUCUAAUCUGGGGCUAUGAUCAGUCCCAGCUGUAGGGGCCCAGAGGGGAGGUGAACAUGCCUGAUUUUUGUGGGACAACUCCAGCCUUGGCUGGUCAGUAAUGACUCCUUUCCAACACAGAUGCCCAGGCACCUCCAGAUCAUUCAUUUCGCAUGUGGGCCUUGUAAAGGGAUUUGUGAAUAUCUAGGAAAAAAUUCUUAGAGGACCCCAUCUGAGUUUGGAUGGUCAGAAAACAAUCUGGGCAAAAAAGGGGCAGGCAUUUCAAAGGAAGGGGCAAGGAAGACUGGCAAACAGAUGCCAAGGGAUGCCCCUCUUUUUCAUAAAACUCUCCAAGUUUCAAUCAAUGCAAUGUAUAGUGAAACUUCAAUAGAUCUUUCAUUUUGACACUAUUAAACAAUCCAGAGAAGUAAACACUGUUAAAUUGACUGUAUAUAUUUGCUUCAUAAAACUACCCGUAUCACUGUUUGCUCACCUAAUUUAUAUACAGGUAGUUCCAUUUUCUCCUUUCUCAUCCCUUUUUUUUUUUUUUUUUAAUUAAACGGUAUCGCUUUUGUUUGCAGGUCUUUUUGUUUUUGUUUUUGUUUUGUUUUCGAGGCUGGCUGACUGUCCUAGUUGUCGUGUGUUUGUAAUUUUUCCACAUCUUAUUUUUGAGCAGCUUUGGGUGGUAAAGUUAUUGUUUACAAAUUGAAGCAACUGAUUCUAGUGGAACAAAUGAAAAAGAAACAGUCAAGCACACAAUAGUGCAAAGAACGUUCCUCUGUAGAUCCUCAACUUAAGGAUUUUGUUCCUCAUAAAUGGCAUAGUUGAAAGAGCUUAUACACUGCUUACCCAGCCAAAUGCUUUGCUUUGAAAUAUUGGGUUCUGUGAAAAUAUUGAGCAUUGUACUUACCUUAUCUAGGCUGUGAAACUGUCCUACAUACCAGAGGAAUCAUAAAAACAAAAACCUCACUGGCAGCAAGCUGCCGAAUAACAACAGAGUCUAGAGGACAUAUUUGUGGGCUGCACAGAUAUUUUAGGAAUUUCAGAAAUUAGAACAGGAGCCAAAAUGAUUUACAUUGGCAUUGGCACCAAUUCCUUUAAAUGGUCUGGGAAAGGGGGUUGGGAAGAGGAUGGAGCUCAAAUGGCCAGAAGAGGAGGAGCUGCAGUCCUGAUAGCUUCUCUAGCCUCAGUCUUUUGAGUAGUAAGCAGUCACGUUGUUUUCAUCGAGUUGGUUUCUUGUCAUUCCCAAGGAGAAUCUCCCAGGCCACAGCUUUGGGGAUAGUUGACAUACUGGAUUAGCCUUUUCAAAAGGAAAGUCAUCCUCUUUGGGCUUACGGGGCAUGAGUUUUGUGUACACACACACACACGCGCGUAAGGUGGUUUUGGUCAUAUUUUUAACCACCUGGCAAUACAGUCCGCUUUCUGGUUUCUUUUCUUGUUUGGAAGUAAAUGGUCAAGCUGCUCAGGCAGUGAAAAGAUGUGCAGAAUGUCCAUUGUCAUUCUCACCACUUUAUUGCAUUUGCUACCGAGAUGUAACAUUAAGGUGGAUGCAUUUUCAAACUGUAUUAAUUAAAAGUCAAUGGAUACAGAGAGUGGAUUUUCUCCCGAAGUCCCAUCCCUGCUGAAGACCGCUUAGAUGAACUCUCCAACCCAGUGUGCCCCUCCCGCAACACUACCAGUAGACUUUAGAACCAUAGUUAAUUCUUUUACCUCUGAGAUAUUUAAUUCUGGGAAAAUUGGUGACAAUUUUCAACUUCUAAAUAGGUAACUCGACUGCAAAAUAGUCAAAACUGAUAAUGAAACUGCGGCUCUUAAACAAAGCCAUGCAUGCCGUGCAUUUGUAUUGAGAUGUCUCCAUGAUAUGAAGCCAAAUAUUCAGUGUAACAUACUUAAUAUCCAAAGGUGGAAACAAAAGAAUGUAGAGAUCCAGUGUUAAGAGUUCCAUUUGCUUCAAUUAAUUAUUUACCUUCCUGUGGAAUAAUAUAUAUAUAUAUAUAUUUAAUAGAACCAUAGAUAGACUAGUAGAUUUUAGAUUAUAAAUGUGUGACUGCAGAUUAUCCUGCUAUUGCACAAGCUAGAAGGGGGAAAAAAUCUCAAUUCCAGCUGGCAAGAUGCUAGCCAGGACACAUAUAAUAAGAAAAUUGCACUAGAUUGAAUGGUCACAGAAUCGGAGAAUAUGGAAGAAAAAGGAAACCUCGGUGGCUCUGCAGCAGACAGGGGCUAGAUCAUAUGUGGCUUCUAUGACUUCGUGUCUUAAAAGAAAGGGGGAGCCAUCUGUCCCCAGUGGCUCACCUAUUUGGAAUAUGGGGCAUUUGUUUUUUCCACUGCAAUGAUUUCAGUCUGGUUUCAUCAUGUUGGAAUUCGAUCACACCAUUUUCAAACAAUGUUAACAUAGUCCAGCUUUUGUUUUUCUCAUCUCUUCCGAGAGGAGACUCACUGUUUCUGUCUGAGGAAGCUCAUACCCUCGGCAAAACAUCAGGACAAAUAAAGAGAAAUGGGGGUAUGUAUUCCCAACAGAAGCAGUGUGUUAUUUGUUUUAAAACUCUGAACAGAGAUCUUGGAAAUUGUUCAAAAAGACCAUUGAAUUCUUCAUUGGCUGAGAACAACGUUUUAAAAUGUCUUAAAUAAGGCUUUGUUUGCAUUGUUUGAGUUCAAGGGGCCUUAUUAUUGAAUGGAAUUGCACAAGCCUUUCUUUGUGCAAUCAAACCAUUGUUAUUGGUAGUUCUGUAAAGGAAACUGUGGAAUCGAAUUGGCAGUGGAGUCAUAAAUCUAUUUACUGAGUGUGGCUUCCAAGAAAUGUUGCAAUUGAAAAUGCAGUAAGUCUGUGAUUUAUUGGAGAUUUGGAGAUUCUAAAUAAUAUUUUUAAAAAACCUUUCCAUGCAACUUCUGGUUUAAUGUUUGGCAACUCCACAUGAAAAAAAAAACAGCCCAACCGAGUUUCAGAAUUAAGUAGUAUUCUAGUAAGUGAUUCGAACUUGUAAUAUUUGCCACAGGACUGACUUAUUUAUUUACUAGCUAGAAGCUCUUAAGUUCACUUGUUUAUCAGGGCAUAUACAGAAGGGUUUGUUAAAACUCGAUGUUAACUUUACAACUUUCUGACCUGGUGCAUGAAUUCUCAAGUACUGUAUUUCACUGUGUUGGUGUGUCUGAUGGAAAUUUCGAGGUGGUCCCACAAAAAUAUUUUAUGUAGUGUGCCUUCAAAGAGAACCGUUUAUUUCUCUUCACUUAUCGUCCCACAAAGUCACAUUUGGUGGUGGUCAGCCAAGUCCCAUCUGGUCUAGUUUUACUCUUGUCCCAAUUUUAAAGAGAAAUGGGAAUGAGUUUGCCCUGGUGAGACCCACACCAUUGCAAUGAUUAUCUUGAGCACUUAAAAGUCCAGUGUUGGCUGUUAGUGUAUUUGAUAUUCUGCCUGUCUCCUCAUGGUUGAAAUAUGUCUGAAGAAUAGCAGCAUAAUCUCUUGGCUGUUUAUACUUUUUUAAACUUUCCUGUGUUGUAAAUAUUGUAUACUUUUGGUGAUUCCAGCUAUGUAACCUCUAUGCUCUGUAAGGUGAUUAUUUGUAUAUAGCAACAUGGCCCAGUGAUAUUAUAUAGUUUCCCAAUGGAGAGGUUAUUGAGUAACCUUUGCAUUAGUUUAAACACUACCAGAAGAAUGCUGAGCCAACUAUAAACACUCAAUUUUGUAUGUUUUCCAAAUUGUACUUAUUACUGCUUUUGAUACUGUAUUACGUGCCAAUAGUUUCCCAAUCACAUAGCAGGCAAGAGAUAUUUUGUACUUUUUGAUCCACUGUAAUAUUUAAUAAAAAAUGUUACUAUCUGUU